CCACACCCCGAGGCUCCUAAAUAUAACGAAGAACUCGAGAAACAAAUUCGUGAAGAACGUCAAUCAGAGCAAGGUUCCGAAGAGGAAGAAUCCGAAGAUGAUGGUGAAUCAAGCUCCCCGGAACUCAAUAACAAAAGAGUGAUUCUUCAAAGAUUCACCAUAUAUAACUCCAAGACCACUAUGUACAUAGUGGGAAGUAAUGCCAAAGAAAGUCUUUUCAGAAUUUUAGAAAUAGGUAAGGAUCCUAAAGAUCCAAAUAAUUUAAUGAUUAUUGAAGAUAAGAGCUACUUUUACACUAGGAAAGACAUGGUCGAGUUGAUUAAUGGGUUAAAUGAAUCAAGUGAAGGUGGUAUCAAUAAAAUUUCGCAAGGUUAUGGUUUACUUGGGUUAAUCAAAUUUACUAAAGGCUACUAUUUGAGUAUUAUCACUAAAUGUAGCCAAGUUGCCAUACUAGGUGGACAUUUUAUUUACCAUGUUGACGAAACAAAACUAAUUCCAUUAGACUUCGAUUAUAAAAGGCCCAAUAAAUAUAGUGAUGAAGAAAGAUUAUUGUCAAUUUUCAAAUAUUUAGAUUUGGGUAAAACCUUUUACUUUAGUUAUGCAUAUGAUAUUACAAAUACUUUACAAACCAAUUUCAUACGACAUAAGAAAUUUGCAACAGAGUACCAAAUGCAUAAUGAUUUAGAUUCCGAAUUCAAUGAUGCCAAUAUUUCAGAAAAUUUUAGGACUUUCGAACACAAUGAAAGAUUCGUUUGGAAUAAUUUAUUACUUAAGCCAAUUCUUGAAAAUACUCAUAUUGCAACUUAUGAAUGGUUUCAACCAAUAAUUCAUGGAUUCAUUGACCAAGCUAAGAUUUCAAUUUUUGGCAAGAAGAUUUAUAUCACAAUCAUUGCUCGUCGGUCCCAUCACUUUGCAGGUGCUCGAUUUUUGAAAAGAGGUGUUAAUGAUAAAGGAAAUGUUGCUAAUGAAAUUGAAACCGAACAAAUUGUUUCUGAUAUGUUGAUUCUGUCGUUUCAUGAUCCCAAAUACGGCUUUUUCAAUAACCCAAGAUAUACUAGUUUCGUACAACAUAGAGGUUCAAUCCCAUUAUAUUGGACUCAAGAUUUGAACAGAUUACCCAAGCCCCCAAUUGAAAUCAAUUUAAUGGACCCAUUUUAUCAAAGUUCAGCAAUUCAUUUUAAUAAUUUAUUUCAAAGAUAUGGGUCACCAGUUAUCAUAUUAAAUUUAAUUAAAACAAAGGAGAAACAACCAAGGGAGCUGAAAUUGAAUCAGCAUUUCAGCAAUUGUAUAACAUAUCUUAAUCAAUUUUUACCAGAGAAACAUAAAUUACAGUUUAAUUGUUUUGAUAUGUCAAAACAUUCUAAAAAGAACUUGGAUGUUAUUAGACCGUUACAAAAAAUUGCAGUAAAAUCAAUCGAUCAGGUUGGUUUUUUCCACAAUGGUCAAGAUUUAGCAUCUACCAGAAUCCAAAAGGGAAUAAUAAGAACAAAUUGUAUUGACUGUCUUGAUCGUACUAACGCCGCACAAUUUAUAAUUUGUAAAGAGGCCUUGUCUUAUCAGUUAGCAAGUUUAGGGAUGAUAUCUGAAUCGACAAACUUGGAUUAUGAUUCUGAUUUAAUCAAUAUUCUUACCGAAAUAUUUCAUGAUCACGGGGAUACUAUUGCUGUACAAUAUGGAGGGUCAAAUUUAGUUAAUACCAUGGAUUCAUAUAGAAGAAUAAAUCAAUGGUCUUCCCAUACUCGAGAUAUAUUGAAUAGUAUCAAAAGAAUAUAUUCAAAUUCAUUUAUGGAUCAAAUUAGACAAGAAGCAAUCAAUUUAUUUCUUGGGAAUUAUGUUUACGAUGCGUCCAAGCCCAAAUUAUGGGAACUACAAAAUGACUUUUUCCUACACAAUAAUUCAUUAAUCCAUGAUAUAAGGGUUAAAAUUAGUUAUCAACACUGGUUUAAUGCAAAUUAUUUAUCAGAUGACCGGUUUGAUUUGAAGAAAAUUGAAAAGAAGAAAAAUGAUCCAUAUUCACUACAAGUCGUAAAACUUGAGCAGUUCCCAGAAUAUAAUGACAAUUGGUAUAAUGAAUGCUAUGUACCUAGAAAGUACCAAUCAUUAAGUGAUUUAUUUCAAUUCAACAUGAAUUCCAAUGCCAGAUAUUUUCCUUCGAAUAUUGAGGCUGGACCCAACACAGAAUUUGAUUAUAGUCCAUUUGAGUCGAGGAAACCAUUUCUCAAAGCUUCUAAAAUGGAUCAAGAGUUUGAAUUUAAAACUUCCAAGAGUGGAGCUCAAAACUUAAAAUACCUAGAUAAUUGUGCCGAGGAAGACAAAGUUGAGGAUGAAGAAACUGAAAAUAUGGUUGAUGAACCACCAAAUAAUAAAUCAGAUUCUACUAAGACAGAGGAGACACAAUAUCAUAAUUAUCCACAAGAUAAUAGCGAUAAUAAUUCAAGCUACAAUGUCAGCAAUUCUAAUAAAAUCAAAAACUUUUUAGCAACCAAGAUUGAAAAACUUGGUUACAAUAAUAAAAACUCGUCUGACAAG